GUUCAAGCAGACACAGGUUCAGCCCAUGUGAGAUGCAGUCUCCCAAUCACAACCCACUAUUCCCCUGUGCCUCAGGACUUUAAAGAAUCACUACAGGCUAGAUAAGCCCCACAGGUGAACAAGCUCAUAGCGGAGCAAGAAAAGGACAAGAGGCAUUCUUGAGUCUUAAGCUUGUAGGACAUACUAAGGAUGGCCAAAGGUGACUCCUCUGUGCGCUGCUUCCAAGGCCUAUUGAUUUUUGGAAAUGUAAUUAUUGGAAUGUGCGGCAUUGCACUGACAGCAGAAUGCAUCUUCUUUGUAUCAGACCAACACAGCCUUUACCCUUUGCUGGAAGCUACUGAUAAUGAUGAUAUCUAUGGAGCGGCCUGGAUUGGCAUCUUUGUGGGCAUCUGCCUCUUCUGCUUGUCUGUUCUUGGUAUUGUGGGCAUCAUGAAAUCAAGCAGAAAAAUACUCCUGGUGUAUUUUAUUUUGAUGUUUAUAGUAUAUGCCUUUGAAGUUGCAUCCAGUAUCACAGCAGCUGUGCAACGAGAUUUUUUCACUACCAAUCUCUUCCUGAGGCAGAUGUUGGAAAGGUACCAGAACAAAAGCCAGUCCAAUAAUGAUGACAUAUGGAAAAAUAGAGAAGUGACCAAAACCUGGGACCGCCUGAUGCUCCUGGAAAAGUGCUGUGGGGUCAAUGGUCCAUCAGAUUGGCAAAAGUACAAGUCAGCCUUCCGGGAUGUGAAUAAUGAUGCUGACUACCCCUGGCCUCAUCAGUGCUGCGUCAUGGACACUCUCUAUAAGCCGCUCAAUCUCGACGCUUGUAAACUUGGGGUGUCCGGUUAUUAUCACAGCAAGGGCUGUUAUGAACUGAUUUCUGGACCAAUGAAUCGACACGCCUGGGGUGUUGCAUGGUUUGGAUUUGCCAUUCUCUGUUGGACUUUCUGUGUUCUCCUGGGCACCAUGUUCUACUGGAGUAGAAUUGAGUACUAAAGGAAGAGUAUCGCCAUUAUUCUCCAUUUCUCCCAAGUCUUUCCAGAGUUGGUGCAUGGGCCCAUUCAUUGCUCUCCAGAUACUAUAUCCUUUUUGUGCUCCAGGUCAUGGAAGCAUUUUCUAUUCAUCAAACUGCCAGGAAGCAUACUAUUCACUUCUCUCUUCCCUGGAUCCCAUGGCUCUCAUGACUACAGUAUAUCAUCAUUAUCUAGUCUUACUGUAAUGUUUCCAUAGAUUAUACAGAAUACCAGAUUCAGAAAGGAUAACAAGUGGAUAACUAGUGCUCCCUGUUCAUCUAUACAUUGUUUACUUUUGGAUCUUGAGACAUUGAAAAGACCCUGGAUUCCUGACACAACAGACCAUUUUGUUUGUACAAACUCAUUGUAGCUGGUUGGUGCUUUCCCAAGAUUCACCUCCACACCAGACUGGAGAAGACAGGAAGCAUCUUAUCCCAUAUUUACUAAGAGGAGUGAAGGAAGCAAGGAAAAAUAUCAAUUACCGACUGCAGUGUACCUUCUCUUGGUUCUUUUAUGUCUGAUAUCUGUGGAGAUUCUCAUUGUUCCUUUCAUUGCUAUCUAUAGUCUUUCUGUUCUCAGGGGCAAUUACUUAUUUUGAUUUGAGUUAAUCACAAACAUUGAAAUUAUGUGUACUCUGUUCACUGGCCCAGUUCUACUCUUGCUUUGAAGCUGUAAAGGGUU